UAGUGUUAUUUUAUUUUAACAGGCAAAUUGAAAUAAAAGCCUCUUAUAUGUUCUCGCUUUUACGCGGUGUCUUCUAUAUUUCAGUUGCUGCAAAUCGGAAAGAUGCCAGGCAAAGGGAACAGCAUAUUCCUGAUGGCUGAAUCCGAUGACGAACAGGCGAGGUUAUGCACCGGAGCAAACAUUCAAGAAGAGUUAUCCGUCAUAACCGUAAAGCAAACAUUAUUCGACAUCGUAGAUCAUGAUUUGAAUUAUGCUACAGAUUAUCAGAUCACAAUUGAAAAUAUGAAAAGCACACAAGCUUUCAAAAAUGAAGAUUCGAUGACUCCGGUUAUUGUUAAAGAAGAAUCUUUAGAAAUUUCCGGUAUGAAGAUUGAACCCGAAGAAACAGUUUCUUCAACCCUAGAGAUUGGGGAAUCAGUUGUCAACGAGAGUUACGAUUAUGAAUCACCACCGGAAGAUAUGAGUGGUUUCGAGGUUAUAGACGAGGCUGAAAUAACCGAUGUCGAAGACUUGGAUGAAGAAGACGACGGUAAAUCACGAAAAGAAGAGUGUCCUUAUCAGUGGCUCGACAAGCCAUGGAGACGAGGGCAUCGAAUUUACACUCUGGAAGAUUUUACACCCACUGAGGUAGACCCUCGGUGCAGUCCUGAUUGGCCAUUAGCCACUUAUUGGCCUGUGUACGUGGGAAACUUUAAAAUUUUCAAAAAGUGUAACAACGAUAGAAUUUGCGCGACUGAAGUGCAUGUAUAUUUUGCCUCUAAAGGAUUGCCAAGCUUUAUGGUAUUCCGUUUGAAAGAUGAUUUCUAUGAAAAAUAUCAGUUAUCAGUCGGACUGUUCGAUAUGUUGGUCUACUUUUGCAACCAAGAAGACGCAAACCGUGCAAUCAAGUGGUGUAAUAGAGAUGUGUACAAAGGCCAUCGACUUAACGUUUUCGAUGGUCGAACAGAAAGUUACUUCCCUCUACAAAACUCAUGGCGCGUUGAGUAUUUUCGAAAGAAAAAUUCUAUUAUGACAGAGACCAAGCUUGAAAACAUUAUCAACAAUUACGGGCAAUUGAAAUGUAUUACUAAACACGAACAGGACGGUUUUCUUAUCAACUUAGAACACACCAGCGAAAAAUUCUUGAGCGACUUUAAAUUUAAGGUCCCGAUUUUUGAGCGCAUUUCAAAACAAAGAUUUGUCGAACGCAUGGUAAUUACGCAUUUGCGCCAAGAAAUUGAUGAAGGUUUGAUAAUGCAAAUGAAAGCUCCGGCAAAAUAUCUCCGACCAAUCAUGCAUGGUAUUGUUCCACAGCUGAGAAAGAAUUGGACAGAAGCGGAUAUUCCUCAACUAAAAAACUUUCAAUCAAGGGCACCCAAGUUUCAAAGAUUCUGCCGGACGGACAUCGAUAAUGGUUCCUUUGGGUUAGCUACAGAACCUCAACGACCCAUUCAGCGUCGACGUCGAAAACGCGGACGCGGACGAGGACGAGGACGUAGGAGAAGUCGAUCUACUGCGAUAUUUACCGCUACCAACCUUCUCUCGAAAGUGAAAGUGAAAAUUGAGAAAACUUAAGGAUUGGAUUGGAAACACUAUUAUAUAGGUAUUUAACACAAGUAGGAUUAAUUUGAAUAAUGUUUGAAAUGCAAAUCCUACUGAGUUUGAAAACAUCAACACAACAAAUGAAUCACAUGCAGGAAUUCUUGAAGGUAAGCUAUAACAAAUUUCUUUAUUUUCUCUUUAAAUUGUUGAAAUUGAAACGUUUCUACCAUAGAAACUUACAAGUAUACAAGCAGUAUUUUCCUAAAAAAGAAAAAUAUCUAGUUUUCUUAUUAAUGGCUCCAGUGAGCGCAUAAGGGUAAUCGACCUGACAUAUUGUUUAAUGGGAAAGACAUUUUUACACAAUAAUUAGUCAAUAUCGCUGAAUAUUCGUUUAGAAACAGUAUUUUUCCGUCUAUAAACAUGUCUGUGCAU